AAACCUUCGUCGUCGUUGUCUUCUUCUAUGAUGGAGUGUGACUGACUUUUCUCACGCAGUGAGCCGCAAAUAAAAAAUAUGAAUUAUACAUACAUUUAAUGAAUACGUUAACAAUGUAUAUAAUAUACUGUGGCAGAAGGGAGUAACGCCACAAAAGUACACACAUCUUUCUCUUGCACACAAUAACUUUUUGUCACAUUUGAAUUUAAGAACUGUUCGAUGUCAUCAGUAUUUCGAAGCCCUUUUCCUACAUUCCAGCAUAGUGUUAGUUAAAACUAUGAUUAAGGUUACAGUGGCUUCCAAUAAUAUAAUUUGUUUUAUGUAAAUAAUAGAAACGCCACAAACAUGAAUGACAUGGUGAUAAUUAGUAUUUGACCUUGGCUGACAAGGUCCAUCUGGUUCUUCUCCAGUAUUUUAGCACAAGAGCAUGACUCAUUUUACUAUUCACUCCAAAAGGCUGGCACUGGUCCGCCUCACAGUCAGUAUGGAGUUUGCAUUUUCCCCCCCCCCCCUACCCGUGUGAGUUUUCUCCGGGCACUCCGGUUUCCUCCCACAUCCCCAAAACAUCCUUGGUAGGCCAAUUGUGCACUCCAAAUUGCCCCUAGGUGUGAGUGCGGAUGGUUGUUCAUCUCUAUGUGCGAUUGGUUGGCAACCGGUUCAGGGUGUCCCCGCCUACUGCCCGAUGACCGCUGGGAUAGGCUCCAGGAUGCCCGCGACCCCCGUAGGGCCAAGCAGUAUAGCUUAUGGAUGGAUGGAUGGAUCCCAAAAGGCAUCGACUGAUUUUCCUGAUGAUCACUAUAGUUUUUUAUUUCUAUCAUUAUGUCAGAUACUUAUUAAGUAUAUUACCUGACUUCAUAACUGACCAGUGACCACUGACUGCACUUCCUACCCAGUAGACCACCUCAGAGAAACAAGAGGAUUCGACUAUGUGGCAGCCUCCUUACAGAUUAUGAUGUCACUGUAGGGUUUUAAUGACCAUUAAGGGAUCACAGUCAAGAUUAGUUCCCAUGGAGGUAACCGGUUGUGUAAAAAAGGUACAACUAAGGCACAGCCUGAUUAUUCAAUUCAACACUCCUGCAGGACUCACCCUUACUCUACAGGAGUUAUAAUGGAUUUUUCUUCUAUAAAAAGUAUCAAGCAACAAUAUUAAGAUGAUUACAAACGAAGCCUGCUUUUCCGACCUAUGUAUUGAAUCUCUGCCCGCAUAUUGUCCUAUAUUUUGCCACAUAAAGCUUGAAUCAGCAAGAUGAAGGUAAAAUGGACCAUGUUGGGCAUGGUUGUCUUCUUCCUACUCUCUGUGGUUAUGACCUUCUGCUUCAUAUGGCAAUACAGGAUACCAAAGUUGAAAACAGAAGUGGUUAUAAAGGAAUCGGCAGCAGAGGAGAUGUGCCCACGGUAUCCCGAGCCUGUGCCACUCAAACAUCCUAUCACAUCUCUCAGAGUGGCUUUAGAAAAGGUUGACCUACUCCUGAGGAGCAGUGUUGACAGAAUCAAGCUUCCAGCAAUAUCUGCCAUUAUGGUUUUAAAUGACUCUGUUCUUUGGAUUGGUAAUCUUGGCAAAAAGAACAUGAGUGACCCAACAUCUUCUCCACCCGAUGAGUACACAGUCUACAGAAUUGCAAGCCUGUCCAAGAUAUUUCCCUCCCUGAUGUUGUACAAGCUGUGGGAAGAUGGCCUUGUGGACUCAAUAGAUGACUCAGUGGAGAAAUACAUAGACAACUUCACCAUCAAGAACCCACUGGGCACCGACAGGGAAGCGCCAUCCACCACACGCAGGACCUUCAACAGAGCUGCCAUUACCUUACGUAGAAUGGCCAGCCACCUUUCUGGAUUACCCCGCAGAUUAAGGUCAACUAAUCUCCUCUGGGAUGGGGACACAGAAUCAGCCCUUCAUGAGUUGCAGGAUGAUGUCCUUGUUGCUGAUCCAGGAACAAAAUGCCACUACAGCAAUGUCGCCUUUGCUCUAAUGGCCAACGUCUUGGCUGAGAAAGUGACUGGAAUGGGUUACGAAAAGUGGGUAUCCCGCAAUAUUUUGGAUCGGCUCAGCAUGAAGAACACCGGCUUCAACAUGACUCCUAUGAUUCAGAGACAGAUGGCAAUGGGUGUCUACAGCAACGGUCAGCCGGCUCCCCUCUACAACUUGGGCUGGUAUCGACCUGCGGGUCAGAUGUACUCCACGACAGCCGACAUGGCAAAACUUGUGAUGACUCUCCUGGGAUCAUACAGAAGAAAACUCCUCCGAAAAGACACCCUUAACACUAUGCUGGCCCCACUUUUCCAAUGCCAGAAUGGCUACUUUGCCAGCUACACUGGCACACCAUGGGAGAUCAACCAGCAACUGGGCUACGAUGUCGUGAGAAAGGAUGGUGACUUGGAUGGCUUUGCGGCCUCUCUGUCACUGGUGCCACGUCUCAAAUUAGGAAUGGUGGUCCUGAUGGCUGGGGUACGACCCGCAGGCCAGGAUUUAGUGAGGCAGAUAUACAGCCAUCUCAUUCCUGCAGUGGAAGGUGCUUACAGGGAUGCUGAACUGACACCCAGACCGCCGCCUGACCCAGCUCCAUACGUAGGCUUUUUUACUUACAGAAAUAUAACUUUCUAUGAGAUUAAAGUAGGGUCACGUGGGGCCCUGCUCAUGCAACAGUUUGGACCACAGGUGGAAAGCAAAAUCCCAGACAAUUACCAAACCAUCCACCUUCAGUAUCUUCAGGAUAGGGUGUUCAGAGUGGUGUUCAAGAGCCCAUACCCUUGUAAGUUGAAGGUCAACAGUGCCUCCGUCUCUUUGGAGACUCAAGACAGACAGCUCUUCAACUUUUACGUCUUCAACAAAAAAGGUGUGUCACCAGGAUUUGAUUCGCCAGGACUUAACACUUACAAAGUCAUGAGGAUAGCCGGCAAACCGUAUUUUACAACAUGAAAAGUGAAUGCAAACAUAUUUUGCACUGGCUUGCCCCCCCCCCGAAAUACAUGACUCAUUUGAUUUAGGGCAAAAGGAAGAUUACAUCCUAAAGAAGGGGGAACACAUUUUUUCCUUCCUUCCUUUUUCGAAACGUUUGCUGUUAACUCACUUUUACCGCACCCUCCCCUCAUACCGUAAUGUAAAAACUUUGUUAAUUUAUGUACACUUUGUAACACUAUGAUUAAAUAUACAAUGCAACAAUUUAACUAAAAACAAUAUAAAA